AUGGCCCUGCGCUACCCCAUGGCCAUGGGCCUCAACAAGGGCCACAACGGCAGCAAGCCGAGGCACAGCCGGUGCCACGGGCGCCUCACCAAGCACACCAAGUUCGUGCGGGACAUGAUCCGGGAGGUGUGUGGCUUCACGCCCUAUGAGCGCUGCGCCAUGGAGCUGCUCAAGGUGUCCAAGGACAAGCGCGCGUUCAAGUUCAUCAAGAAGAGGGUGGGCACGCACAUCCGCGCCAAGAGGAAGCGGGAGGAGCUGAGCAACGUGCUGGCCCUGGUGCGGAAGGCUGCGGCCAAGAAGGACUGA